UGGUGGCGAAGGAACCGAAGCCCUUCCUCUCCGCCAAAACCACACGAGGAAGUAUUCCUCUGAGUCCCCCCUUCUCUCUCUCCAUCUUAAAUACUCGUUAGCCUCUCUCUUUGCCGAGCAGCUGCAACAACGUCGUCAUUCCUCGAAGUAUUGUUGUACAUCUGACUAUGUCCAACGUUCCCAACUCUCUCCGUGAUUCCUCCCUCACCCUCUUCCGCCUCGCCAUCUCCAGCUCCGAUCCUUGGCCCUUCUCCCUCUAGCCUUCGCUCGUCUCUCUUCCAGGGCAACACCAACUAGGAGAUCAGAAGCCAUCGCCGUCCUCGCUCGCUGGGCUUCCUGCAGCCUCGCAUGCCGCGCCUCGGUGCUGCCAAGGUGAAGGCGGCCGCGGAGAUGCCGCCCAAGGGGUGCAUGGCGGUCAGGGUGGGGCAGGAGGGCGAGGAGCAGCGGCGAUUCGUGGUGCCGGUGGCGUACCUCGACCACCCCCUCUUCGCGGAGCUCCUCGACACGGCGGCCCAGGAGUACGGAUUCAACCAGAAGGGGCCCAUCGCCAUCCCCUGUGGUGUCGACCACUUCCGCCACGUGAGCGACGUCAUACACAGCGAUCAAGGCGGCGCCGCCGGCCACCACCGUCACCGCCUUCGUCAUUUCGCAGCGUGUUUUGGAGCUCGAUGAUGGAAAAUAAAAUUUAUUUUUGGGGGGAUUAAAUUUGUUUGCAUAUGCUUUUCAAGUUAACAUUUUUACGAAUG